ACGUGUGCUUCUUCACUAAAGUGAUGCUUAACUUAAUACUUUCAGCCUAUUCGGAACAAUGAAACAUUUACUACAGCGUAAAACCUCCACAACCUUAACCUUAACCUUGAACCUUUCCACCACUACUGGGCAGUCUGCGCCACGAUACAAUACGUACGUAGGCAAAUGUAAAUGCAAAAUACCUUCCCUUACAACAUAACUUGGUUAAUAUCCCCUCAUUCAUAGAGUCGUCAACUUUACUUUAGUAAAUGCCUUCUUUCCCAAUGAGUGCUGUUUCAUCCUUUAGUUGGUAUUGAUUCCUUUUUCGGCGGAACCUUACCCGUUCAACUUCCUUUUUAAGACGAACUUCGGUCGGUAGUCUUCGGCCGUCAAAUCCUCGAUAUCCUCGAUCUCCUACCGAGUAAAUCGUACAACAUGGCUCCGCUUUGGGGAUCAUCGUGGUCCUCUACCUGGGGUUCUCUAUCUGGAUAUAGCGCCGUUCAAAAUGGCGAGCAGAGUGCAGCGACCAGCUCUGCUACGGAUUCCUCCCACCUUAAACCGAGCGUCGGCCAGAUCUUGAUGUCGAAAAGAGUGCGAUAUACUGCCAUUUCAUUCGCCACUUUCGGCCUAUUCUUUCUUGCCUUCCGAAACUACGAUCGCUUGCCAUCCAUCGAGAGCUUUCGAGGAAGCAGUACUGCUGCCGGUGCCAAUUCAGACUGCCCUCCCGCCGUCGUACCGUCCUUCGAGGAAGCCCAGGUCAAUUGGUCGCGAUUCGCCUACACACAAUAUGUCACCAAUGCCGCGUAUCUGUGUAACUCGGUCAUGAUCUUCGAGACCUUAUUCCGCCUAGGCAGCAAAGCCGACCGUGUUAUGAUGUACCCAGAGAAUAUGAUGGACCCAGGCGAGACGAGCCCGUCGUCGGAAGAGGCUAAACUAAUCGUUAAGGCCCGAGACGAAUAUAAGGUGAAGCUUGUACCGGUUUCGGUUCAGCGAAGGGCUGGUGGUGAUGCUACCUGGGCCGAAUCCUUCACCAAGCUCCUUGCUUUCAACCAAACCCAAUACCAGCGCGUCUUGAACGUCGAUUCCGACGCCACCAUUCUUCAGAGCAUGGACGAGUUGUUCCUCAUGCCGCCAUGCCCUGUCGCCAUGCCUCGCGCCUACUGGCUAUUUCCGGACAACAAGAUCUUGUCAUCCCAAUUAAUGCUAGUCCAACCAAGCGCGGUCGAAUUUGACAGGAUCCUGAAAAAGAUGGAGUCGGCCGGUCGCAACGACUACGACAUGGAAAUUGUGAACCAGUUGUAUAUCGAUACUGCCAUGAUCCUCCCUCAUCGCCCCUACGACUUGUUAACUGGCGAGUUCCGCGGUGACAACCAUGUGAAUUAUCUUGGCACGGAUAGGGAAGAAUGGGAUCCUGUUGCCAUCUUCAACGAGGCCAAGUUCCUUCACUUUUCAGAUUGGCCUGUGCCGAAGCCGUGGAUCUCCAUGUCCGAUUCGAUGCGGCAAGAGAAGCAACCAAAGUGUGUCGAGAAGAACGGCCAAGAGGAUUGUUCCGCUCGGGAAUUAUGGAACGGAUUCUAUAAUGAUUUCACACAAAGACGUUCGACUGUCUGCAGCACCAAGAAGAAGGGAAAGCGAUGAAUCAGUUGAAUUGGUGAAUGAAGGUUCGUUUGGUUUAUUUUGGCAAUGAAAAAUAUUGAAUUGUAUUUUACGUGGCAUGAUAUGUUAUAGAUACCAGCAUUGGCAAGCAUGUCUCUGCGUCUUCAUCUGACAGGGUGUUAAUAUGUAGCGGACUACUCUUUCGGAUAUGCUUUCAGGAGUUUUAGGUUGAGUUGUUUUAAUACAGGGCAUUGUGUCUUGAUGUUGCUAUUCUUGGUCACUGCUAGACAUUCUCAGGGGCCCCAGAAGAAUAUUUCUACGUGGAAAAUCAACACUGUUGCCUAGAUCUAUAAAUCAUAUCCUUAUCCCAGGUCUGCUACUAGACAAUAGAAUCGAACGCC